AUGGCCACGCAUUUACAGCGACAUCACCCCGGUGUUUCACUGACAGGAGUGAAACCGAAAGCGGCUCAACAACCGCUCAUCACCGCGGCAUUUAAGCAGCCCCUUCCUCCACAAUCAGACCGGGCUAAAGCAAUCACAAACGCUAUCGGUCUGUUUAUAGGUGCUGACAUGAGGCCAUAUUCCGUUGUGCAAAACAAGGGAUACAAACACAUGCUGAACGUGCUCGAGCCACGUUACGACAUCCCGUCGCGCACCCACUUCAGCGACAAUAUUGUGCCAGGUCUGUAUGAGCAGGAGAAGAAAAAGGUGGUGGAUGAGCUAGCUGUAGCACCCUCUGUUGCACUCACAACAGACGGGUGGACGUCGAGGGGAACAGUGAGCUAUGUGACAAUAUCCGCUCACUUCAUCACAGCAGACUGGGAGAUGAGAAGUCCGGUGCUGCAGACACGCCCCCUCUACGAAAAUCACACAGGCAGUCACCUUGCGCAGGUACUGACACAAGCAGUGGAGGAAUGGAAGAUAAAGAGGCCCACUACUAAUAUCCCAGUCACAACUGAUAAUGCCAAAAAUCUAAUAAAUGCAGUGAAUGAGGCAGGACUGGGCCCACAGAUAGGGUGCUUUGCACAUGUAGUAAAUUUGGCAUCACAGAAGGGAAUCUCAGUCAAUAGGAUGGACCGCCUCCUUGGGAGGAUCAGGAAGGUGGUUUCCCACUUCCACAGAAGCACAACAGCUGCUCAUGUGCUUAAGACAAGGCAAGAAAUGCUAAAGCUGCCUACUCAUAAGCUCAUACAUGAUGUCCCAACAAGGUGGAACUCCACUUAUGAUAUGUUAGAGCGUUAUCUGGAGCAGCAGGCAGCUAUAUACUCUGCAUUGACCGACAAGACCCUAAAGAAAAAUGUCAAAGACAUCAUAACACUCUCUGAUGAUGAUGUGAGAGUGGCAGAGGAGGUCCUCCAGGUGCUUAAACCCCUUAAAACUGUUACAUCUCUGCUGAGCACUGAAACGUCACCAUCUGUGUCAAUGAUCCUUCCGCUGAAAACAAGGAUUCUACAAUCCAUGGUGUGGAAGUGUGGAAGACAGCACCAUCACUCAAGAUGUCAAGACUGCCAUUAGAGAGGACCUGAAGCCCAGAUACACUUCACCCCCUACUCUACAGGACUACCUCCACAGAUCUACUGCCCUGGAUCCGAGGUUUAAGUCCCUGUCUCACAUAGACCCUGACCUACGCCAGAGGACAUACAGUGACCUCACCACUGAGAUUGUGAGCAGUCUGGCCACUGAAGACUGUGAUGAGGGUCAAGCUGCAGAGCCAACAGGAGCAAACUUGGACACAUCUCC